UAACUACUGCCUGCGCUGUAUUGGGGGAACAUGGGGAACGACUGAGGAAUAUAGAGGAAGAUCUAUUCUGCCCUGUAUGUAUCCGGAGAUAUGGGAAACAGCCUGAACUGAACAUAAACGUGGCUCUGUGUAACGUAGCAGAACUAUUCCUCCCUACUGACCCACAGCGUGGCAGGGCAUGGAUCCCCUGCACUUACUGUGCCCCCCCUGUGCCCGCGGCUAAAUCCUGCCUGACCUGUGAGGCCUCUCUGUGUGCCAGACAUGUGCGGGUACAUAGCCGGGCAGCAGAACAUGUAUUAACUCUGCCAACUGUUUUAAUUGGGCACAGAAAAUGCUCCACCCACCAGGAGCUGCUGAGAUAUCGCUGCACUGAGCAUGGCUUCCGUGUCUGUGUGUCCUGCUGCCUGGCUGGGGGGCACCGGGGCCACAGGGUGGAACUGCUGAAUGAGAGCCCAGAAAGGAUAAAUAUUCAAGCCGUGGCUGCUGCUGAUCUGAAAGCUGAUCGAACCUGCUCUGUGUGCCAGGAGAUCUACACCGACCCUGUAACCCUGCCCUGUGGCCAUAACUACUGUCAGGUCUGUAUUGAGAGACAUUGGGCCUGGCAGGAGGGGAUAGAUGAGGAUCCUUCCUGCCCUGAAUGCAGGAGAUACAGGAGAUACAGGAGACGCCCGGAACUGAACAGGAACCUCAGGCUUCGUAAUAUAGUGCAGAGUUUCCUCCCUCACCCAGAGCAGGAGGGGGCACUUUGUACUUACUGUGCCCCCCCUGUGCCCGCGGCUAAAUCCUGCCUGACCUGUGAGGCCUCUCUGUGUGCCAGACAUGUGAGGGAGCACAGCCGGUCAGUAGGACACAUAUUGAUGGACUCCAGCAUACUGUUCAAUGAUACACCUUGUCCCACUCACCAGAAGCCCCUGGGGUAUUACUGCCGGGAGGAGGAAGCCUGUAUCUGUGAGGAUUGUGUCCCGGAACACGGGGGGCACAGGGUGGAGAAGCUGGAUGAGGGAACUGAGAAGAUUAAAGAGCAACUGAGAAUUCUGCAAGCGGUGCAGCAUUCGGAUCUGAGAGUGGAGCUGACCUGCUCCGUGUGCUGGGAGUUCUACACCGACCCUGUAACCCUGCCCUGUGGCCAUAACUUCUGUCGGGUCUGUAUUGGGAGACAUUGGGACUGGCAGGAGGGGAUAGAGGAGGAGCCUUCCUGCCCUGAAUGCAGACACAGAUACAGGGGACACCCGGAACUGAACAGGAACCAGAUGCUCCGUAACAUUGCGCAGAGAUUCAUUCUUACUCUCCCAGAGCUGUGUGGCCCCAGGGACUUCUGCACUUACUGUAUCCACUCAAUUGUACCCUCAGCCGUACCAGCAACUAAAUCCUGCCUACGCUGUGCCACCUCUCUGUGUGAGCGUCAUGUGACAGAGCACAGCCAAUCAGCAGAACAUGUAUUAACUGCCCCCACCAGCAGAUGCUCCGCCCACCAGGAGCCACUUAUAUAUCACUGCACUGAGGAUGGGGCCUGUGUCUGUGUGUCCUGCUGCCUGGCUGGGGGGCACCGGGGCCACAGGGUGGAGCUACUGAAUGAGGCUUCACAGAUAAGAACAAAUCAAGGGACGGCGGCUGCAGGUCUGAGAGUCCAACUGACCUGCCCCCUGUGCCGGGAGAUCUACACCGACCCUGUAACCCUGCCCUGUGGCCAUAACUACUGCCUGCGCUGUAUUGGGAGACAUUGGGAACGGCAGGAGGGGAUAGAGGAGGAUCCUUCCUGCCCUAAAUGCAGACACAGAUGCAUUAGAGAGGAGAGACAGAGAAUGAAUAAUACAUUGUGUAACAUAGUGCGGUUACUUCUGCCCCCCCCUGAGCAGCGGGACCCUGCUGGCACCUACUGUACCUACUGUAUUCACUCACUGGUACCCGCGGCUAAAUCCUGCCUGCUGUGUGAGGCCUUUCUGUGUGAUAAACAUGUGCAGGAACAUAGCCAGGCAGCAGAACAUGUAUUAACUGUGCCGACUGUUUUAAUUGGGUACAGAAGAUGCUCCGCCCACCAGGAGCUGCUGAGAUAUCGCUGCACUGAGGAUGGGGCCCAAGUCUGUGUGUCCUGCUGCCUGGCUGGGGGGCACCGGGGCCACAGGGUGGAAAUGUUCCCUUUGGAGCAGGAGUAAAUAAGAAAUGUUUUUUUUUAUAAACACCAGCCAUAGAUUAGGCUUAAGCUGCCCAUUCAUACCUAGAUUUGGCCACUUCAGCCUUUAUAUUAAUAUGAAUGGUCUCCUCAACCUACAAGAACACGGUCUGUGCUCAAUCUCAUUCAAGGGUCAGUCUAGUGAAGAUAAUAUAAUAAUUGAUGUAUAAUUAGUCUUAUAUAAUCUGGUAACUCUUCUCUUAUAGACCUUUAUCCUUAAUUUGUUGUCUACACACUGAUUGUACUCUAAAAUCACUCUUUUUAUCAUUUACUGACUUUAGUUCUACAAUAUUAACAUUGUUCACUGUGUUACUAAUAUCUACAUAUCUACAGUUAGUACAGUUAGUAUUAGUGGGUGUAUAUAUAGUUUAUGUAUGUGAGUAGAUAGAUAGGUAAGUAUAGAUUGUGGGUGCUGGGUUUACUCGGAUGGGUUGAACUUGAUGGACUCUGGUCUUUUUCCAACCCUAUGUAACUAUGUAACUAACUAUGUAACUAUGUAACUUUAGAUAUGUAUUUCAGCCCAGUUAAUGUUUGUCUUAUACUGAUUCCUAAGCAGCCCUUGCUCAUGUUUUUUUGCUACAUCUGGAUCUGUUAUCCAGAAACCCAUUAUCCAGAAAGUUCCAAAUUAUGGGAAGGCCAUAGCAGCUGCCAUUUUAGCUUGGUCUCAGUAGCUUCCUGCUGCUGCUGGUAGCUCAGAUUACACAGCACAGUUGGGAGCGAGAUUAUGUUAAUUAUGUUAGGGGGAGGAGGAGAAGGGAGGGGGAGAGAGGAGCAAACUGAGAAGACUUGUGCCCGUACCCUGAAGGAGAGCCGAAAUCUGACACAGAAGAACAUGUGACACAAAAGGAGACAAGAAAUCCUGUGUUUCUUUUGAUAGAGGACUCAGUGCGGCAUUACUGUGAGUGCUUAUGGCUGUAUUUCCAUAGACGCUACUGAGUUUGUACCUUUCCUUCUCCUUUAAUAAAUCAUUGUAUAUCAUUCAAUCCCGGGGCUUUGGUAUCCACCCAACCUAGAGGCAGAGAGGCCAUUUCUCCACUUAAUUUUCUAUUUUUCUGUUAGUUUUGUAUUACCAAUACGUUUGGUUAUUGCUAUGCUUAGUGCCAGCCCCUAUAUACAGUGUAAUGGAACUCGGCAAUAGUCAAACUUUAUAUAUACAUUUUUUUUUCUUUUAUAAAUGUUUAUGUACAUGAAA